UAAGAAGCUGCCAGUGGUUGUGUGUUCUUCUCUUUAUUACACCAGCAGGCUUGAAGCAUGGUUCCAGACAUAGAGAGAAUUAUUGAGAGCAUCGUCCGCAGAGACCAGGACAGCGUGCAGCUUCUGCUCAACAGCUACAACACACAGUAUGCAGAGUGCUUCUUUUUCAACACUGAGGAACAGGAGAGGCGAAAGGAUCUGUCUGCAGCCCUGUUGUGCUUCAUUGGUAGUCAGCUACAGCCGGCGGUUUUACGGGUUUCCCUGCAUACACUGCGUAUCCUGUCCCGUGACCGUAGGGCCCUGGGGCACAUGGUCACUGAUAGUGCCCUUCUCACAUUAGCACACAUGGGAGGCAUCACCACCCAACAAGAUAACAUUGAGGAACUAGAGAAGGAGGAGGAUGGAGAGGUGUGCAGGAAGGAAGCCUUGAAAGUCUUGUGUAAUGUCAUCUACAACAGUCCCCGGGCACAGGAGAGAGCCAGUGCACUAAGGCUAUUGCAAGGUUUGUGGGAGAGUCUGAAGGAGGAGAUCUGGAGUAAAGUGCCACUCAGCUGCCACUUUUACAAGCUGAGGCUACUCUUCUUACUGACAGCCCUAAGACCUGAACUCAGGCUGCAGCUGCAACAGGAGCGGGGAGUGUCAGUGCUGACCAAAGCCUUGGAACAGUGCCUGGCUGUGAGGUGGGGUGUGGAAUAUGAGGUGCUUACCGACAGUACACAACCUCCCAUUUCCAUGGAAGUGUCCCAGAAGGUCAUUGAGAUCCUCAAGACACUCUUCAACAUCACUCACAUGUUCCACAGGCAGGAGCCUGAUGAGGAAGAUGCUGCCCUGUAUCGACACCUAGUGGCUGUGCUGCGCCAUUGUCUGCUCCUGUCAUGUGAAGGAGAAGACACAUUAGAAGAACUCCAAGGGCACACAGUGAAUGUCCUCUCAGCAUUGCCACUGACAUGUCUGGAUGUCCUGGUGUCUGUCCAGGUGGACCAAGCAUCCCAUAAGUGCGAGGGGGUCAACAUGGACUGUGUCCACAACUUGUUACUCUUUAUGAACAGACGGCUAAACAGGGGCCAAAAGCUGAAGGAGAAACUAACACCUGUACUGAAUCUACUGACUGAGAGUUCUCGGGUACACAGGGAGACGCGCCACUACUUACGGCAAAAGAUCCUACCUCCACUGAGGGAUGUUGCCAUCAGACCUGAGCAGGACAGCUCCCUCAGAGGCCAGCUGGUCCGCCUAAUGACCCACGUUGACACAGAUGUGAAGGAUUGUGCUGCUGAACUGCUGUUUGUGCUCUGCAAAGAAAAUGUCAGCCGAUUUGUCAAAUAUACUGGAUAUGGCAAUGCUGCAGGGCUGUUGGCAGCUCGGGGACUGCUUAAUGGUAGAAUGAGUUCUAGUAACAGCCAGUACUCCAGCGACUCAGACUCAGACACAGAAGAGUACCGAGAGGCCAAAGCCAAGAUUAACCUGGUGACUGGCCGGGUAGAAGCAGACCAGCCUGAUCCAAUGGAGGGCAUGACGACGAAGAGAAAGAAGAGGCACGUCACCUCAUUAGUAUGAUCAACAGACUGUCACGUGACCAAAUCAUCCAGCCAAUGGGUGUGACAGCUGAGGGCAGACUGGCUCCACUUUGGGGCCAAAUGAGUGACUGCACGCUGGAAGAAGAGGAAGAGGAAGAGGAA